AUGCCUGCUCCCAAUAACGAGAUCGCGGGAAAACUCGCCGUAAUAGCAGGUGCUUCAGGAGGGAUCGGAGCUGCUUGUGCCAAAGCGCUCUACCUUCAGGGCGCCCACCUCGCCCUGACAUACUCCAGCAACAAGGACGGCAUCCUCAAUCUCGGAAACGAGCUCGCGUCCCUACACACGAGACAGUCACCCCGUACUGACCCCGGCCGCAUAUCCAUGCACAAAGUCGACGUCAGCUCCGCCUCCGACAUCGAAACCCUCUUCGCCGACAUUCGCACAUCCCACGGCCAAGACGGCCCAGAUAUCCUCAUCUCCAACGCCGGGCACGGCAAGCGCAUCCCGGACAUUGCCGACAUCAGUCUCGAGGAGUUCGACUACACGCUCAGCGUCAACCUGCGCGCAGCCUUCAUCCUCUCUAAGCUCAGUAUCCCGGGCAUGACGGCCCGGGGAUGGGGUCGGAUCAUCUUCGUUUCUUCGCUUGCCGCGCGCGGAGGCGGGAUUAACGGGUGCCAUUACGCUGCCAGCAAGGCUGGGUUGCACGGGCUGAUGAAGAGCUUGGCGGGGAAGCAUGCCAAGGAUGGAAUCACGGUGAAUGACGUGGCGCCGGCGAUGAUUGGGGACACGGGCAUGAUUCCGGAUGAAAAGUUUGUGGAAGGCACGCCGGGAGAUGUGAGGAACAUUCCGGUGGGGAGGUUGGGAACGCCGGAGGAGGUGGCGAAUGUGGUGCUGAUGUUUUGUCAGACGGGGUAUUUGACUGGGCAGAGUGUAUUGUUGAGCGGGGGGCUGAAGUAA